GGCGUGGGUUCCCGUUCUCUUCACACUCUUUCCUCUGGCCGGUCCACUUUCCUUCUUUCUUACCCUUUCACUUGCUAUCUCUCGCUAUCAGCCCUUCAAUUUCACUUCACGCUCUGGAAGCGCUUUUGUAACGACCCUUUAGACAAUCCGGACCUAGGCCACGCUUGCUAGACAUGCUCUCUCGUGAACUCUUCCAGAUCCUCUUCCUAUCUCCAGUGUUCGCAUAUGCCCUCGCCGUGCCAUCAUCGAGCUCGAAACGAGCUGUGCCAUCCCAGGGCUUCUACGAUCCGCGAGACAACGGAGGGACUUGGUUGACCACCGUCGCCGAUACCUCGCCGUUGGGUCUCUCUGAGCCCAUUAACGCUGUCAUCCUUGGGACAUCAGACCAAGCUGUAUUGGUAGAUUCGUCAGAGAACGGAGGUCUUCGCAAUUACUUCAACUCCUUCGACAUGGCCAGCGAAUGCCUCGGUCAACAUUCGGGUAACGACCAGGGUGCGAAUCUCGGAGACGGGAACGGUCUUCUGAACGAGACUGCUGUGAUUAGAUACGACUACGGCGAUGCUUCAAUAGGUACAUGCAAAGAGUCUAUUGAGGGGGGAAACCACUUUCGGUAUUGGGUACAGGAUGGUGAGGCGGCCAACAGUGGCGCCGUAUUCAUGGCGGUAUCAUACGAGCUUCCUUCAUCCCAGGGCCAUGACAUCAUCUUCAACGGGUACAACCUCGGCCGAGACUGGCUCGUCGGCAACAUAACCUCGCAACCCUCCAUCCUCCCCACCUCCACCUUCAACUCCACCUCCGCCACCUCCUCCCUAUCCACCUCCAACCUCACCUUCUCCGGCCAAACGACGGCCAACGGCUACGUGUACCUCACCACUGUGACGUACGUGAGCGGCCUGUUGGCGAACGGAUCGGACGGGAUUAAUCAUUUUUUGAGUGUGGGCGCGAAUGGGACGAGUGCGGUGGAUGGGCUGGUGGCGUUGAUGGAGGUGAAGAUGUUGGAGACGCCGCAGAGGUUGACGAGCAGUGCAUCGAUCACACAUACUCCGGCCUGGAUGCUACUCUCACUCGUCGUCCCAGUCCUCUCUCUUUUGUGUUGAUAGCAGCCAAGCCAGUUUGCCGUCUCACCUGCAUACCUUCUCCGUACCCGUUACAGUCGCAUUGCUCUCUGAUCUAGACACCAUGCUCAUUUUUCGCUCCCUGGUCUCAAAUCGGAUUUAUUGCACGCCUUUCCUUUGGUCUUCUCGUCUUCUCGUUUGUCGCUUUCUUUGUCUUCGUGGAAAUACGCUUCCUCCUGGGACUUUACCUCUAUACCGAACUUUGUAGCCUACACUCGACCAACUUACUCG